GAAAUUAAAACAGAACUGGAAGAACUAAUAUUCCCAAUUUCCUCAGAUGUACACGUGGUAAAGGUUGAAGAAUGCCUAAGAGGAGACUAAGGAUCAACCUUGAUGACACUGGGGGCUCAGUCAGCAGAAGAACAAGAUCCUCACGUGGAGCUAAUGACACUCCCAAAGACCAAGAUGGUGCCACUGAUAAAGACAAUGAUACUGGAGCUGAAGCACCAGCACAUAAUAACAACUCACCAAAAGCUGUUGAACCAUCCACCAGUGACAGUCCUGCUAAAUCUCCUGGUAGCCCUGAGAAUGCUUGCUCAAUAUGCCUCAGUGAAGUCACAAAUAAAUCAUUCACAGACAGUUGUUUCCAUGAAUUCUGCUUUAUCUGCCUAAAGGAGUGGUCAAAGGUGAAGGCUGUGUGCCCAUUAUGUAAACAACAAUUCAAGAGUAUCAUACACAAUGUAAAAUCCAACAAUGAUUAUGAACAAUAUGAAAUAAAGCGGCAUGAGCAACAGACAAUAAGAUAUGGUAUUGGGGCUUCACGCACAGAAUCAAUUGGUGAGUCAAUGAUCAGAAUUAGGGAAGCAAGAGCAGCUAGAGAAAGAAUGAUCCAAGCCAGAGCAGCAAGCAGGCUCGAAUUGGCACACACUAGAGACAGGCUCAUGGAAGCAACCAACAGACUCAACAACAGUAAUGUAGGGCAAAGGAUGGAAAACCUACGUCAACGAUACCAAUCAGUAUUAGAGCGCAGACAUGAACUUCGAUCUAGGCGAUGUAACACCACCUCAGAGUUCCGCUCUCAGGUCUACAAUGAAGGCCUUAGAGUUGACCCACAUAGCAUCCUUGGUCGUGGGUCUAGAUCCAGGACUGUCAAGUAUAGAGAUAUAACUCCUGAGUUCUUUCGCCAGAACCCUGCCCAAACCCACAGAUUGGUGCCCUUCCUAAACAGAGAGCUGAAUGCUUUGUUACAUAAUGAUUCCAACAAUGUUCACCUUGUUCUAGAUGUCAUUAUGAGAUUGAUAACAAGAUUUCCUAUUGACAGUUCAGAAUUCCUUACUCGAUUGACUGUGUACCUUGGUAGACGAACUAGCCAUUUUGUCCAUGAGUUUUACAACUUUGCAAGAUCACCCUAUGAUUUAGAAAAAUAUGACAGAUGUGCUGAAUACAGCUCCACAGCAACUGAACCUGAAAUAGUUGAUUCUAGUAGUCCUAGUAGUGAAGACAAUGGGAACACAGAUGGCCAAUCCCCAGGUGGUGUUAUUGUACUUGGCGACUCUCCUGAACCCCAACAAGCGGAAGAUGAGAGCCAGGAUCAACACACAGAGGCUAGAUUAAGCAUUAACAGACCUUCAAAUAUAAAUGCACCUGGCAGUUCACUUGACAUUGACCUGAUGCCAUUGCUAGAUCAAGUGAGGGGUUUUCUGGAUAGCACGCAGAGGGCCACUAGGUCAGGUUGGCAUUCCCCAACCCUACAAGGUUCAAGCUCACCUGAAUUCUGGAGUCCCCCUUCUCCCCCUAGAAACAGCAGGCCAUGGUCCUGGAUGGAUGAUAAUGAGGAGUCAGACAACAAUGAUUCCAUAUCCAGUGCUGGUAGUGAUAUUGAAAUUAUUGACUGCAAGAAACCAAUUGCUGAGAGGACACCUGAAUUUCUUAGAGUCUCUGACAGUGAAGAAGAACAAAAGAAAACAAAGGGAAAGAAGCGUUCCAAGUCCAAGAAAGAUGGGGAUAAAAAGCCAAGGAAAACCAAGAAGAAAAAGACCACACCCACUCGAAAGAGUGCAAGGAAUAACCCAUCAGCUGCCCUUGGUGCCCCAUCAGCUGCUUUGGGUGUUCCACCAUCUACCCAAGGUACCAACCCAAAUAUGUCCUUUUCUUUCUCUGAUAACUUUGGCAGUUUGUUCACUAGUGGGGGACAAGAACUCAGAAACUGGCCAAUGUCAGUGGAUACCAUGCCCUCUACCCACACCGGGCCCACUACCCACAGUCUCAACAGAUCUCGCUCAAGAUCCAGUUCAGCUGCUACUCUAGAAUAUGCUGUAGAAUCAGAGUAUCAAAUAGAAAGCAGUAGAACCUCUAAGCAAAAGUCACCAACUAGGAUAACACUGACACUCAGACGCAAGUCAUCAAGAAGAGAACGUCACAGUAAAGAGAGUGUUGAACUGAUUGGUGAAGCUGAUCAUGCUAAAUCAAAACACAAGAGAAAGAAACACAAGAAACAUAAGAAAAGCAAGAAAAGAUAUAAUCAAAUAUACACAUCUGAUGAGUCUGAAAACAAUGCUUCAGAUGAUAGGUAUACCAGAAAAUCUAAAAGUAAAAGCAAAGAAAAAGAAAAAGAUGAAAUCACUGAUAAACAAAGAACAAAGAAAAGGUCUAAAAGUCUUCCAGACAAAGAUGAUCCAAAUGAUAAAAAGUCCAAGAGGAGAAAAACCAGAGAUGAAGAAAAGAAAGAAGAGAGUCGAUAUAAGAAACACCAUAGUGGACACAAAAGAAUGAAAUCUUCCAAAAGAUCAGUGAGUGAAGCUAGUACAACCCCUAAUUUAUCCUUAAAACCUGUAGCUUCAUCACCAACAGAAACACAAAACCCAAACCCAGUUUGUGAAUCACCAAUUACUCUUGACUUGAACCUGACUGAUCCAUCGUACCAUGGAGCCCCUCAGUGUAGCUCCAUAUCAGUGUCACCAACUGUCUCUAGUAACAUCACAAAAGAAACCAAUGUCAGUACUGCUUCUUCACCAGGAGCUGACUCCAGUGAUACAAUAGUUCCAUUCUACCCAUUGGCUUCACCUGACCACACACUCAACAUAAUGAGUACAACCUCAAUACCAGCCCAAUCUGAUGCAACAGACAGGACUCCUAUGCCAUCACCGUCUGAUACUACCCCCACAACUUCUUUGACUGACUUAACCCCCAUUCCUUCCAAGUCUCCUGACAGCAUUCAUGAACGCCCAAAGUCUUUCACGCCUAGGGGUAUCUCCAGCCCCCAUAGUGAUACCACCUCCCCAAUCCAGCUGGAGAUUCCCUCUCCAAACCCUGAUGUCGCUCUAACUGAGGAGAUUGUUAUCAGUGAUCAUGAUUCUGAAGAAGAUAUAUCUGUAGUUGAGACUAAAUAUAUCGAACUUGACCUUACACAGGAUGAAGAAGUCACUCAAGAAGAAGCACUUGACCUUAGUCAAGCCGAGAAGCUAAAUUCCACUCCUAGUGUUGAAGAAGAGCUUGACCUAACUCAAGACAGCAGUGAUGAACAUUCAGUUAAAUCAGUUGCAACUUUGAAUGAUUCAGAUUCCGAUAGCAAUAACCUGUCAAUAAUAACUGAUAUUACUGAUCACACAAUUUUGGAAUCCAGGAAAAAUCCCCGGAGAUAUACACCAGUCAAUGAAUUCCUGAGUUAUACAGGAGCCAGGUCACCUUGUGAUUCAACUGGAAAUAUGUCCCCACGCUAUACAGGAGCCAGGUCCCAUCACUAUACACCUGGAGGAGAGUCCCCUAGCUAUACAGGAGCAAAGUCCCCCGGCAAUAUAGCAGCAAAGUCCCCCAGUUAUACAGGAACCAGGUCCCCUCGCUAUACACUGGGAGGAAAGUCCCCUAUCUAUGCAGAAGCAAAGUCCCCUAGCUAUACAGGAGCCAGGUCCCUUAGCCAUACAGUAGCAAUGUCCCCUCACUAUACCCCUGGAACAAGCUCCCCUAGCUAUACAAGAGCAAAGUCCCCCAGCUAUACAGGAGCCAGGUCCCUUAGCCAAACAGUAAUGUCCCCUCACUAUACCCCUGGAACAAGCCCCCCUAGCUAUACGGGAGCAAACUCACCUAGAUAUACAAGGGCAAAGUCUCCUAGAAAUACAGGAGCCAGAUCCACUAAUUCUACACCUGGAGAAAGGUCUCCUAGCUGUAAUGCUGGAGAAAGGACCCCUAGCUUUUCACCUGGAGAAAGGUCCCCUAGCUCUACUCCUGGAGGAAGGUCCCUUAACUCUAAUCCUGGAGAAAGGUCCCUUAGCUAUACACCUGAGGGAAGGUCCCCUAGCUCUACUCCUGGGGAAAGGUCCCUCAGUUCUAUUCCUGGAGAAAUGUCUUGUAGCUAUACACCAGGAGGUAGUUCCUUUAGCUCUACUCCUGGAGGAAGGUCCUCUAGCUCUACACAUAAAGGAAUAUCCUCUAGCUAUACACCUGAAGAAAAGUCCCUCAGCUCUACUCCUGGAGGCACGUAUUCUAGCUCUACUCCUGGAGGCACGUAUUCUAGCUCUACUCCUGGAGGCACGUAUUCUAGCUCUACUCCUGGAGGCAGGUCCUCUAGAUCUACGACUGGAGGAAGGUUCCCUAGCAAUACACCUGGAGAAAAGUCCCCUAGCAAUACUCUUGGGGAAAGGUCCUCUUACUGUACAAGAGAAAUAUCCCCUCGAAGUACAAGUUCAGCUAGCUAUACAUCUGAGAAAGACACUAUAUCCUCCAGCUAUACCCACAACAAGACAUCUAGUCAUUCACCAAGAAAUAUGUCCUCCAACUUAUCAACAGAUGCAUCAUUUAACAAUUCAUCUGGGGACAUAAACUAUGAACCUGAACACAGCAAUUCCCCUGUUUUAAGACAAGGUCGAUAUCCAGACCAUUCAAAUAAUGAAACGAAGCAUAGACAUCACUCUGAUGAAUUUCAGUUAGAGGAUUGGAACAAAGAAGUACCUAGCUCAAGUUCAACUCCACAAACCAAGGGAAAUAGAAGUGAUUUAGACAGUGGAACUACUUUAUCAGAAAGUAAUGCAUCAACCAUACAACAUGAGUCGAAACAUAAUUUGGAAUAUAGUGACAAUAGUUCUCCGGUUAAUGCCAUUAACACAAGUGUUGUAAAUGAAAAUAUUCUAAGACACAUGAAAAAUAGUGAGAACAGUUUGAAAGAAAGCUCACAACAGGAAAAUGGACAAACAUCUGAUGACAGUGACAUUUACACAGAAUACACAGAUGAUGAUAUUGCUAUGGCAGAACACAAUGCAAGAGUAAACCAGUCACUUACUGCUUCAGUUAAUGAUUCACCAAUACACAAUUUACAACAAGAAAAUGAGCACAUGUCAAACAAUAGUGAAAGUGACAGUUAUAGUAAUUCUGAUUCUGGAACAAUAGAGGCAUAGCAAUAUUCAAUCGCAGCAAGCUCAACUCAAAAUCUAUAGAAUACAAAGCAAUUACAUCAAAAACAGAUCAGAGAUGAAAGGGUAGUUUUAUUUUUUAUUAUGUCACCACCAAAAAUGAUGACAUAUUGUUAUGGUCUUUAACUUUUUUGUGACAGCGUCUGGUGAUUGGCAUCUGGUGAUUGGUGUUUGGCAUCUAUAACAAAUGGCAGGUGGUGACAUUUUGCAUGUUAAAGCCUCAUUUUAUUUGAGAACCUUUCAGAUGGUGUUAAAUAAGCAAUUUUUAUUUGCUUGGAUUACCUUUUUUGGCUCACCCUGUAAUUUAAGCUGGAUUUGUUCAUGUCAUUUGAAUCAACCUCUAAUCAGUCAGUUAUGACAUCUCAUGCCAAAUCAACAGGACUACAAAUGCAUGUACAGGGAG